AUGACUACUAUGCAGAAGGUGGACGCUACAUUGGAGCGAUUUGACCGCAAAUCCCCCCGUGCCGCCUACGCGCAGGUCUGUGAAGAGAUGGGUGUUCACCGUCAGAAGAGUAUCGCCGCUCUUCUCAGUGAUGCCCCACGUGAUUGGGAUAAACACCGCGUGUUUGACUGCCGUUCGUGUGUGUUGGGGCCUAAAGGUGCGAUGGCGAUUGUGCCGUUAUUACUCUGCAGUCGAUCUCUCCGUCGUGUUUGUAUGCGUGGAUGCGGAGUAACGGAUGAGUUUGUGGCCCAACUCGCAGAGACACUGCAGGAUCAUCAAUGUAUACGCAGUGUGGAUGUGGGGGAUAACCCGCUGGUAACAAUAUACAGUGCAGAUCCUGUAAUUAAAUUACUGCGGGCAAAUAAAAAUAUUGUUCGUUUUGCCCUUGAUGGGACGCACAUUGGCACCAAUGUUGCCAAUCUCAUCAGUGAUCUCUGUGAUGCCAAUCAUGAUGAGGUGGCAAACUACUACGCAGAUGAUUUCUUUCGUAUGAAGAAUAUAUUUAACUAUCUCGAUGGAGAUGGAUCAGGAUGGGUGUUGCUGCGCAGUCUUGUGUUAAAUGCACCCUAUCCUGUUUUGCAGGAACAACUUAUUGAGCGAAUAGCACUGCGACGACCACGUAAGCGCUCGGAUGGAACCAUCUCUGUAAACACAUUUCUUGAACUUGUGUACUUUAACUACAAGACAGAAGUGGAGGUGGCAAAACGAGCAAAGGAAGUGGAUACGGAGUAUAAUAAUAUUGUCAUCAAUUGGAAACGCUUGUUGGAGGUGAUGGACAGUACGAAAGAAGAAGAACAGAAAAAACUCGCUGAGGCUCAGAAGAAUGCUGAGAUCAACAAGAAAGACCAUGAUGAUGAUGAUGAUGAUGAUGAUGAGUUUGGUUCUUCAGAUGAUGAUUUAUCCAGUGUUGGUGCCACACUACCACCGAAUAUCGAGAUUCUUCCACCAACUAAUCUUCACCGUCUGCGUAUUCGCACACACGAACUGCAUCCAUCCGAGGCACGUGAGAUCAUCGCAGCGGCGCUGAAGUUUCAAUUGGACGCCGAUGCACGCAGUCUUGCAGAAGAAUCCACAUCGCCCAGCAAUAAUAAUAAUACUAAUAACAACAACAACAACAACAAUGAUGAUGAGAAUGAUAACGAGAUUGAGAAGGAAAAUGAAAAUGAUGAGUUGGAUCCAAAGGAGAUGGAUGCAACCACAGCCCCACACGCUCAAGAACAACAAGCACAGGAAGAAAAACAAGAACAAGGAGGAUUUCGAAAGGUACGACUCUCCAUUCCCUGUUUACGUCGUGCCUAUCGCAGUGUGACCCAACCACAGCCACUCCCCAAUCGCUAUCGUUUCCUCCGCGAACACGAAGAGGAUUACAUUCCCCCCAUCAUGCGUGCGGGUUCGCGCCUCAUCAGUAUCUCCAAACUCUCCUUUCUCGACAGUUUCCGCUCCUCGGGCGGGAUGAGUGCGACGUCGGUGACCAGCGAGGGGGUGGACUACGACGGCGAUGAGACCCGCGUGCGGUGGUGGGCCCUGCCGCCGGCGAUGGUGCGGCUGGUGACGAAGUUCUUCAACAAACAAGCCGCCAAACUCCCAAAGAAGCGGCAGUCAACACUCGCCAUUUCCCCCCGCACACAACGCGAUAACGCCAUGCAGAAAUCUGCCAUUCCCGUCACCGCAUUUCUCGCGGCGGAGUUUGUGACGGAUUUGGAAACCCUGCGGCCGCGUCUGCUGGCGGAUAAGUUCCUGCAGUACAGUAUUCCCAUUGAUGUCUCCACCAUCACCCUGCAGGAGAUUGUGAAUUGCCUGAAUGAGUUCUACACGGAGAUCAGCGUAGAGAAGGUCUUCACCGUCUCGCAGAUUCGAAAGAUGCCCACACCGACCAACACUGCAGCGGCCGCAGCGGGCGGCGGAACCACAACGGCGGGAUCCGUCACAACAGAGCCACGACCCACACUGGAUGUGGACUCCUCUGUAUUUGGUGGUGAGAUGUAA